AAUCCGAAAAAGACUGACGACCUUCACGAGCAACACCAGCGACUCCUUGUGGACAACGACAGUUACCUGGUUGCCAUCCGGAAAAAGAAGGAACACCUUGCCAGUCUGGACACCAAGGUACGGUAUGGCCAAUUAGAAUGACUGUUGCUAAAUGACUGGCUAACUGACUGUUGCUAAAAUUGCAAAGUAUUGACUUGUGAAUAAUAAUAAUAUAUUUAGUUAUUUAUGUACUUUUCAUUAUACAGAUAAUCUCAAAGACGUUUAAAAACUAAAAACAUAAGUACAUGUAGGCCUAAUUCUUGGGCUGGACAAUUAAUAUAAUUAAUAGAGUUAAACUCAACACAACUCAACUUUAUUGAUCCCCUCUUCCCCAUGCAGAUGAAGGCGAUGCAGACCAAGCUGUUGCAGAGAAAGAAGGAGAUGGGUGGUAGGAUCUGCACCCUCAAGAGACCUCUUCAUCAGAGGAAGCACAUCCGCAUCAUGGAGGACCGCGUAAACCAGGUACUGCUAUCAUCACCACACAACCCUAGAUCUACACUCACACUGUUGACUGUUUGGUUUGUUUGGCAGUCAUCAUCACAUAAUCCAACAUCCAUUCAACAAUCUUACAUUUAUACAGUCACACACAAAUCAAUCACACAUCACAAAACCGUGGCGGCAUACAUUCAACACUCACAAAAUCACACAAACCUACAUCCAUUCCUCACUUACUCUCGAUUUUUGUUGUGUGUUUGCUAUGAAUCAGUUAUGACCAACAUAAAAGGAUUCUAUAUAUGUAAGAUGUACCCAGAAUGUAAUUUCCAUUAUACAAUGGUUGUUCCUGGACACGCAAUCUGAUUGGCAGAGAGCGAGGCGUACAAAGCCAUGCUAAGACUAUGUUCAGUUCAGUGUAAUGUAUUAAAUUCCUAAUUGAUUUGGUUCAAACUAGUUUGCAAUGUGUGAGGUGAUUUGAGCAUCAUCUUUAUAUUGUUCUUAUCCUGUGGUUUUGCAGGCUACUAAAAGCUUUGACAAGUUGCUGUGCAAGAACCAGGCAUUGCGUGAUGAGAUUGACCACCUGCGGCGCCAGAGGUGCUCCUUCGCCCUUAUGUACCAGCGUCUGAGCAGAGAGCUACAGUCCCAGCACAACGUCAUGGAAGACCUUGUGGAGAAGUCUGUCCUCGCCUACGACCAGAGGUCAGAGCUACAAACACUGUGUCUGUUUGGUGGUGUGCAGAAGCCUGUUCUUGCGCUUGCCCAGCUUAGAAAAUGUGGGCUGUAUUUGUGUGUUCUAGGUCCGAGGCCCUGGCCCGCAUGCUAGCUGUGAGGGAGCGUAGAAAGAAGGACAGAUCUUUCUGCCACACUGAGAUGACUGAGCUGAAGAGGGUCAUCGACCACGAGUUCAAACUCCGCAGUUUCAUGGUCAAAAAGUCCAAGGAAAGUGUCCCCAUGGGCGAGGACGAAGAUGCCAAAAAGAGAAGUACGUUUUAGAAUCAUGCUUAACAUUAUACAUCUUACAGUUGUUAAUUGAAUGGUUGCUUGUUUAGCCUAGAGGCUAGAGGCCUUUCUCGAGCUACAUCAACCUUAUUGAUCGAUGCUUCAUGGCAGUGUUUUGUCCUUGGUGCAGGGACCGAGCAGGCUCAGUGUGAGCGAAUGGGAGGAGAGAGUCUGGAGACGUACCAGGCUGUGCACCGGCUGCUCGUGGAGGUGAGCGGCGACAGCGACCUGCGUCAGAUCGGCAGGACGUUUGUGGAGAACGAGGAGAAGAGCUUUGCUUACUUCAACUACAUCAACGAGCUGAACAACAAUAGCACCAUGCUGAAGGACCGCAUCAACAAGCUCAGGGUCAGGGUCCACACACAUACACGCUCGCUCGCACACACGCCAUGCACGCACACGCACGUACACACACAAACACAGGAUGGGAGUUCAUGUGUUGUAAGCUUGUAAAACUAGACAACUGCAUCGCAGUGCUAACUGUGCCACUAGAGAUCCUGGUUCGAAUCCAGGCUCUGUCGCAGCCGGCCGCGACCGGGAGACUCAUGGGCGGCGCACAAUUGGCCCAGCGUCGUCCAGGGUAGGGGAGGGAAUGGCCGGCAGGGAUGUAGCUCUGUUGAAAGAGCAUGGCGUUUGCAACGCCAGGGUUGUGGGUUCGUUUCCCACGGGGGGCCAGUAUAAAAACAAUUAUUAAAAAAACACACAAAAAAAAUUCACUAACUGUAACGCUCUGGAUAAGAGCGUCUGCUAAAUGACGUAAAUGUAAAUGUAAAUAAAACUAGACAAGGUUAUAUGACCGUGUUCUGCUGCUCUCUCCCCCACAGACUGAGAUCCUGCGCUUUGAGCUGGAGAACAAGCAGUAUGAUCAACAGUGGCAGGGCCAGCUCAAGGAACUGGAGGUAAGGUUUUUGUUUUUAGGAAGUUUUAGUUUGACUUUGCACAACUUUUCCCUGCUCUAAUGGGUCUGCUGGUGCUUCCUUGUGUAUUUCUCUGUCUGACCAUGCCAAUCAGUUUCUCUCCCCUAUAUCAAUCUGUUUUCCCCUUCAUCUUUUGACUUUGCCUUUUUGUCUCUGGUCCCUCUCAGAGAGAGCUGGAGCAGCGUCGUGGCCUGGCCAAUAAUUUGGAGAGCCAGUACACUGUGGUUCUGAAGUUCUUGGACCAGCAUAAGACGGCCAUCGCCCACCUGUUUGACAAGAUGAAGUGUAACUCUGCUCCUAUCACUGGCAAGCUGGGCUGCAGCGCUCAGGUCACUGAUGACAACGUCACCCAGUUUAUUGGUAGGUGGACAUUGUUGGACAACCCCUCUCUCUCAGGCUGUUGGCAAUGCUAAAGCACUCAUAAGAACAAAGAUUUUAAUGAAUCCCAAAGAAAAACUCACAAACAAGAUAUUCAAGUUAUUACCAUUUUACCAUGCCAUUUCUAAAUAAAUACCUGGUAAUGUCUGUACCAUCAAAUAAAGUGUAACCAAAUUGGCAGUACAGUAUAUGUAACACUCACACAGUAUCUCACACAGGCAAAGCAAAAAUGGAACAAAUGGAACUCAGACUUCUAGAAUGAGGGACACAUACUCACCAAUAGACACUCACUCAUCCCGUCCUGUCUGCACCACCACAGGUAUCCUGGAGGAGGAGAUUCACCGGCUGUUGAUUAUCCUGUCCCAGUGCAGCUACAAGGAGGCUGAGGAGAUGGAGCUGCCCCCUCAGAACCCCCUGCUGGUCAGCUACAGCCUGCUGCCCGCCGUGACCCCCUCUGCCACAGAGGCCCCCUCCUUCGACGACAGCACCACCGAAACACUGUUGGGCCUGGGUCAGUACUGGUACAGUAGAGCCUUCCAACCCAAAUGGCACCCUUUUCCCUAUAUUGUACCAUGUUGUGCUGCUGCUAUGUUAUGUUGCUACCGUGUUGUUGUCAUGUUGUGUUGCUACCAUGCUGUGUUGUCAUGUGCUGCUGCCAUUCUGUGUUGUUGUCUUAGGUCUCUCUUUAUGUAGUGUUGUGUUUUGUCCUACAUUUUUAAUUUUAAUCCCAGCCCCCGUACCCGCAGGAGGCCUUUUGCCUUUUGGAAGGGCCGUCAUUGUAAAUAAGAAUUUGUUCUUAAUUGACUUGCCUAGUUAAAUAAAUAAACAAUACACUAUAGUGUAAAGAGGAGGAAGGGAAGCGCUACUAAGGUACACAAUAGUAAAUGUUGGUAGACAGAAGGUGCUCUUUGGUCAAGGGGGUGAAUUGGUCAUCAAAAAGAAAGGAGGACCAAGGCACUCUUCAUAUAAUUAAUUAAAAUGCCUUUAUUAGUAUGGCAUGUUCAAUAGAAACAAGAUUUUUAAAAAAUCUGACGCGUUUCGGCUGCAUGGCCUUCGUCAGGGAGUACAAAGAAAUAAUACAAUGUCCUUAAAGUCAACACUAAUCGCAAGUUACUUUUAAUACUUCAAGUGGAGUGUGUCGGUGUUGUGCUCCCUUAACUUUGUGUGUUUGUGUGGUGUGUCUUACAGGCAGCGAGCAGCCUCUGGACUUCCAGACCCUACGUGAGCGGGUGCUGCCCUGGGUGAUGCAUACUGAGCAGGGUAAGGUGCCCAAGGCCCCGUCCACCCCCUUGAGAGGAAAGAAGAAGGUGGGCUUCAACCCCAAGUCUGCC